GAGCUCUUAGAGGGUGCUGCAGCAUAUCUUAAGGGCCCCUCUCAUGCAGCUGGGGGGACUCAGUGCAGCAGCAGAGGCAUCUUCUUCCUGGAUAUAGUCUUCUCACAGCAGCAGCAACAGCAGCAGGAGCAGCAGCAACAACAGCAGCAGCAGAAACAUCAGCAGCAACAGCGGCGCAGUAACAUCAGCAGCAAGAGCAACAACAACAGCAGCAGCAGCAGCAGCAGCAACAGCAGCAGCAGCAACAACAGCAGCAGCAACAGCAGCAGCAAUCGAAAUGGCACUCUUUUCGUGCUGCAGCUGCGACCCAGCAGCAGAGGAGGAGACGCAGACGCAGUUUGGGGGCCAGCGUUUGGGGGAUUGUUGUUCAGGCCUUCUUUAGAGGGGGCACAAGAAGUUGGAGAGGAGCAGCCGCUAACCGCUGAACAAAAACAAAAAGAGAAAGAACGCCUUCAGGCCCUCGUGAAGUUAUUCGCGAAGUCUGCUGUCUCGGGACCCCCUUGCGUUUUUCUGGAUGUGUCGGCCAACAAGAAGAUCUCGUGCAGAUAUUUCUUAAAUAAAACCCUGUCAGACUUCUCUCUUCAUUUCGCUAGCGGGAUUCAGCACUCAUUUCCUCUCAAAUCCCUUCGGGAGGUGUAUAGUCUGCCAGCCUUGCAGAGUAAUGCUUCAACCGCGAGUUUGUGUGAAAACCCUUCUUUGAAGUGUCUAGACAGCUCAUCGCAAGAUUGUGUUUUAAUGAUUGAAUAUCAAGACGGAGCCGCUGCACCGCUUAACCGUCUAUUCUUAAUAGAAGAAGGAGGCAAAGAAGCAAGAGACAGGUUUAUAACUUGUCUUAAGGUGCUUGCUCUAUACGCACAAAGUACAACAUAA